AUGCUCUGGAGCUGUGACCGUAUGAAGGCGGCUGCUCCAAGAGGUGUGCCUAUGAAGCUGCCGAGCACGCGCAGGCCGUCGGGGCAGAAGGGGACUCCUGCCGGCAAGGAUCCUUCCGGCGGCCGAACGGCGCUCCAUGCAGCGCAUUUCCCCGCGUUGUGCCGCAGUCCCACGCUGAGCAGGCUGGUCGUGAAGAAGUUAAACGCCGCCGUACACUCGAUGCGGCUCGGGGGGGUGUUGCAACAUUCACUCAACUCUCAACUCCUGGAGCAGCUUCAUCUUCGUCCCCGCCAUUUCCUUCCGUGGUUGAUUCAGCGGCUGGCUGGACCCCCAACUGGCGCCCCGCAGCUCGCUGCCGCCCGCCUCUGCAUCCUCCUAAUGCCUGUGGCGGUUGGUGGCGGUUCCCCGGUGCCGUAUUCGCCGCGGCCGUUUGGCGUGGCGUCAGCUGCGCUUGCCUCGCCGGUACAGUCGGCGCCGGUUGCCCCUGUUGCGGCAAUGUCUGUCGCGGGUUCUCCUGCUCACGCGUGCUCCACGGUAGUCGACUCUGGACGAGAGUCGGCGGGUGUGGCCGUCCAACCGCGCGUGGUGGCGCCGGCGCCUGUACCUGCCUUCGUUCUGGUGCCUGCGGCUGACGUGGCGCCUCUUCCUGCUCCUGGCGCGGCGCCCUCUCCCGCGCCUCACGUUCCGGUGUUGCCGUCGCCUGCUGAGACGGCGGCUGUUGCUGGGGUGGCACCUGCGUCUGGCGAGGCGCCUCCUCCUGCGCCUGUGGCGCUGCCCGUGGCGUCUCCUGCUGCGUCCCUUGAUGCGCCGGGCGGGAAGUCCGCCCCUCCGCUCCCCGCGGCUUCCUCGUCUGCCCAUGCCCUUCCUCCGGCAGUGCAGCAGCGUAACUCCUGUCCUCAUUCGCCCUCCCCCCGAGAUGAGCGAGAUGUGUCUCGUCGACGGCGUGAUUCCCCUCGCCGGCGGCAGCCGCAGGCGAACUGGCAUGCGCACCAGGGUGGUUGGAGGGGAGGUCGCGGUCGCGGGCGUGGCGGGUGGCUGGACGCGCCAGCAACAAUCGCGGACGUGCGGCAGAUUGUGACUGAGGCGUUUCGCGACGGUCAGGCCGGCCCGGCGAGUCAGAACAGCUCGCGACGUGCGGCUCCAACGCCGUCUGCUCCCCUUCCGGUCGCUCGCCCCGUGGUUGCUCCGACGCCUGCGGUGUCACUGCCGACUCCCUCGGCCCUUGCUCGUAGUGGUGGGGCUGGACUUCCUCGACUACAGCUCCCUUCUCUGGCGAAGGAGCUCCUUCCCCCGCGCGCCGAGUCCCUGGCGCACGGGUCUCUUCCGCCUGUCCCGGCGGAGUCCCUGCUUGACGGCCCGCGGGACGACUGUCUUGACGCGGCCGACCAGAUUGCCCUCCUCCUGGCGCCUGUGUUGGCCGCGCCCGUGCGGGGAGGCGUUGGGGCUGUGGGGCAACUGGACGCGGCUGUGCGGGAUCUGCGGAGGUACCUGCGGGCAGGUUCCGGAGCCGACGCGAUUGGCGCCGCCAUUCUGGUGGUCCGCUCGGUGUGGCAGACGAUGACGGGCAUUCUGCAUGCCCUGCAGGCGGAUCGGAUGUAG